GUUCAUCAACGUUCGACUAGAUGCAGGAUAAGAUGAGAUCGAAGGCGUUUCGUCCUCACCCCCUACGGCGAGGCAACUGUUCCUGCCUGCAGGCGGCCAGAGACUAACGAUGUCAUGCUUGGAUGACUUCAGCUUUCACAGUUAGGCCGAGCGUCCUGAGUGCUCGACACGCUCCGGUGAUCGUCAAACACGCGUCUACCUGUCUACCUGUCUACCUGACACUGGACACACGAGUGCAGGUAGCGGCUGUAGUGACCUCACACAAAGAAAAGAUAUUCAAACUGUUUUGAUUAGUGGAAGAGGACAAGAUGAGCAUUUAGAUGUCUGCAGUCCUCCCGUAUCCUGGGGGUUAAAGGGGCGAGACAAGUCAAGGGUCAUUUGAGCUGGGCAGGCGUCUCCGCCAUUCGACAGCCUGCGGAAGUCUCCCUUCUUUUCAUCGGAUCCUGCUCCACAAAAGCUGACUUUGUCCUCCAGACGACAAAAGGAUCCAGAGAACUUUGGGAGUCGAAGGAACCCUUUGCGGUGGGUGACACAAGGUGGUAAAAGCGAGAAAAGAAACGACCAAAAAAGUGAAUUUUUAAAUCCCACUGGUGACGUAUGUGACGUAUAAGAGGGCUGACUCCUGCUCAGCAGCUUUCCACUCGCUCCACGUGAAGCAUCAAAGAACACAGACAAGAAUGUCUAACUUCUCCAAGGUGCCGAGUUGUGAUUGCUGAAGAUGUAGGAACAUCUCUGUUCUGUUAAAAUGUGAGAUCAUGGAUUAUUAUUAUUCGAGUGCAGAGCCUCGCUUUGAGUGACAGAGAAAUGGCCAUGGUGGUCGAACACCAGCGUCGGUCUUUAUUUCAACGGGGUCGUUCUCGCAGGCAAUGUAAACAUCCAGCAGAGAGAACAGCAGCAGGGGUCGGAGUCGAACCCUGACCCCAGCUAUGGGGUCGAGCAAACCGCACCCUUGUUUUGUCCUGCACGUCGCCGUGUCGCUGGUGACUCACGUGGCGGAAUUGCUAGGCAACGCCAUGCUGGCAGCAGCCUUGUACUGGACGGCCGGCCACCGUGACGUCAUCUUCCCGCUGGCGGUGGGGGUGUUGCUGCUGCCGCUGGUCGCCACCCACCUGCUGUCGGCCGUGCUGCUGCUGCGUCGGCGGGGGGACAGCAUGUCGUGCGGUCAGGCUACGCUGAUGGCCCUGCUACACGUGCUGCAGCUUGGAUUCAUCUGGCGCCACCUGGACCUUUUCCGGGGCAGGGAACUCGUCGCGCUUCGCAAGCACAACGACCUGACCGAGCUCCUGCUCCUGCGUCUGACCUUCACCUUCUCGGCGGGACUGCCGCUGUUGCUGCUGCAGCUGUAUCUGCUGAUGCUGCUGCCAGCGCAGCUGUGUUGGCCGUGGGCGCUGCACGCAGCUGUCGUGGCCAGCACCCUGUCGUGCGUCUGGGCGGUGGCCAGCUUCCGGCGCUGCAGCAGUCAGGAGUCGCAAGUUCUGUCCUGGCCAGGCUUCCUCUUCCGGCUUCUGUGGCGAACCGGAGAAAUCGCCUCGAGAGUUAUCUCCCUGGCUCUCUUCGCCAGGCUGUACCAUGAAUGGAUCUUCCUGGUCCUGGCCUUCCAUUGGAUCAUCAUGCUCGUCUGCCUCAGCGUUCCGCAGACCGUGACCGAAGGGUGUCCGGGAUCCUCGCUAAUUCAUCGGGCUGCCGUCUGCGUCGCCACGUCCUACUCCUACGUCUUCUGCUACGUGGGAUUCAGCGGCGCGCGGUCGGCGGUGUGGUACACUCUGUACUACGUCGUCAUGUUCCUCGAGAACGGCACGCUCAGUAUCGUGUGGAUGACGAGGACUGGCGCGGGUUCAUUCGUCUCUGGGUACCUACCUGUCUGCAUCUCCGCGCUCGCCUUCCUUGCCGCCAUGGUCAGUCUCGUUGUGUACUUCAAGUUUUUCCACGUGACCUCUUCACCCAGCGAGAAACGAGACAUGCGCGCCGCAGCCAAUCAGCUGACCUGCUGCCAACACCACGCCAGCGUCUGCGUGAAGCAUCAGCAGCGACGUCUGGAGGGGCCCCUGAGCUGUGCCUGGACCGGUGAAUGUGGUUUGCACGGCGGUCGCACGUGCAAAAGAACGGUGCCAGAUUCUGAGCAAAGCCUCCCAGCAGGUGACAUCCUUAGCUGCCAGCUGCACGGAAAGCUGUCGACGACGGGCGAAUCCAACGGUCACUGCUGCAUCCACACCUCGGUCACAUGCCCUCACAACCAAUCUGCAAACAGCACGAACAGUAGAUCUGAGCUAACGGACAGCACUUCCGCUUUAAGUCUGGGCGAUGUGAACCUAAGCUUACGACACGAAGGGUCAAAGGACACCCAACCGGCGCUACCCGUCUGGCUGCCGUCUGGGGACAGCUUCAUCGCCGAACACCUGCUGACAGACGACUGGGACCAGCCGCAAGAGUGGCGCUUGCGGCAGGAGAAGGAUCUGCAGCAGUGCUGCUGGCUGCUGCGGCAGGAGGCACAGCGAUGGCAGCUUGACGCUGACGGUUCCGUCCGGCGCCAGUCCCUGGUGACUUCCGGUCUGUCUGUGGAUCGCAGCAUCGUGGACUUGCGCGCAAGAGAGUUCUGCACCCACUGCUGCCGGGAAUGUUCCCAUGGGGACUCCGAGGUUUCCUCCGUCCUCAAGACCGUAGCAAAGGAAGAAGCUUUGAUGAAAGAAAGUCUGAACGAAGAGUGUGGCGCUUGGCGAGAGAAGCCGGUCAUCGCAGCCUUGGACUUCAGGGAGGCUGGACUUCUGGACUCGAGGACAACGUGUGUGGGUUUACCGGUUCGUCGAACGCCAGAUCGAAACAAACUGCAGCAGCACAGCGUGUUCAUCAUCGCCGACGGCAACGAUACAUCGUUGCAAACUGCUGCACAUGAAGCUAAACAAAUGACGACCCAAGCGGCAAGUUUUCACGAGGACAGCAGUUCCAACAACUCAAAGACAAAAGUUAAGAGAAAAAUCGAGCAGCAGGGUAAAAUAAGUCGAAAUUUUACCGAUGUUUUAAAAACACAGGCAUUCAUAUGUAGUCUAGAAAAGCCCGGAUUAAAAGCAGACAUUAUCGAUGAAAAGGAUGACGUGGAUAACACACGCAGACACUAUGAUAGUGAAGUACACACAGUUACCACGCACAAAAAGACAUUGCCGCCAGGUGUCGCACGAUACUCUAACUGCACCUCCCAUUGGACAAACUCAAAAUUCCGGACAUCGUCACCAGCGUCGUCGUUACAGUCAUCAUCUUCCGAACACGUGUACGAAAACCUGUGGAACACCUGCGCUCAAGGUAAGCUUUCCACGAAGGACAAGUCGGAAGUGGAGACAGAGACUCCAGGACGUGACGUGGCAACGGCCGCGAAGAGGAGACAGCAGCAGCCGCAGCGAGCUGUGUUGAAGGAGGAUUCUGUGACCCUCUCCAUAGGCAGGUCAAGGCUGAAAGAGCAGGGAGGGAAGAGGUCAUUCGGGGGCAGCAGGUCGCUGGAGGAGUGGAUGGGGUACAGCGAGUCGGAGGACAGCGCGCUGCCUCCAGAGACCUUCAGCUCCAGCAACGACUGCUUCACGGCGUCCGAGGUGGACAGCGAUGGCAGCCCCGAGCUGGUCAUCUGAAGAACCGGUCUGUGGUUCGGACCUUGCGCUGACCAGUGGCGGAGGGUCGGUGCCAUCAUCUUACAGUGUUACCGUGUGAAUGCGUGUUUGUGUUGCGGGGUGGGGUCUUCCUCUGUCUCAGAGUAUGUUGGCAUCAACACAAUCCUCCAUCAUCCAUUCUCCUGUCAUCUGCACACAAACACACAUGGUGUAAUCAAAAAUUGUAAGCAGUUCACCUGAGUUUCUACAAACAAUCAUUGAUAAUAACCUGCAUCCAUGAAUGUGUGCGAUUUUGGUAAAAGUGAGUGAAUAUGUGUGUGCUCGCAAUCUCACUUGCUUGCAUAUGGGUGUGUCUCCGUUUGUGUGUGUGUCUGGUAGGCAAAGGGAAUACGAAAUAGUCCAAUACAUGUACUUGUGUAUUUAGAAAGAAAAUGGCAUUUUUCUCGCCCCGUUUGUAAUAUAAACAGCUGAUGAGAUCAGCUGUUGCUCUGUGUGUUUGUGCGCGCGUGCUUGCAUAUGGGUGUGCCUCCGUGUGUGUGUGUGUGUUUGCGCUCACGUGCAUGCUAGCGUUCCCUCACGUCGAUGUGUGCGAGUGUGGCAUUAGCUCGUGCAUGUGAGCUGUUGAGUCCGCCAGCCACAAAUGACCUGUCAAGCAGCUGGCAUCACGUGACGCUGGUUACGUCACUUAACGUCUUUAUUUCCUUGUCUACCUCGACAUGAUGGCUUCCCUGAGGUCCAUUUGACUUCGUGCAUUAAAACAUGAACAUGACAGUGUGACCAACACAAUGCGCACCUACAAUCUGCACCUGUGCACCUGUGCACCUGUGUACUAGAUAUCUCUGCUAGCCAUGUACUCAAUGGUCACCGACACUUUUGAUGAAAGAUGUAGGAAGCAGACUUCCGGAUGGUAUAAACGACUGAGAGAUAAACACACCUUUGGUUAUUUCUUUCAUUAAUCUGAGUUUUAACUUUCUUGCUUGCUACAAAAUCACAGAGGGCGAAAAAUUAAAACUUGUAAAAUCUCUUCAUUCCACGAUAAAAUACUCAUAACAAUCCAAAAGAGUGUAACAGAUUUUUGGAGUACUUUAAAAAAAAAUACUACCUGGUCUUUUUUUGUGAUGUUGAAACUCAAGAUUUAGAAACCCAGAUGCUGACAUACGAUUUCUCAUAAUAGAAAUUUUCAGAGAAGUAAUAUGAAGGGAUUGGAACUGUGAAGAGGAUUACAAGGCACACCCCGGUCCCUGGCCUUUUGUGCCCAACAAUCAUCAGGAGGAAGAAAGCAGGGAACUGACAGGUACAAAGUUCAGGUGCUCUAAUUCCACUGCUCCCUGUUUGUGUUCGAAAGAAAAGAAUCUAGUAUAGAAGCUCAGGACCAGAGUAACACGUGACUAUUUUCUGGCUAGCUAGAUAGUAGUGGAUAGUCUUUUGUCCGCCUAAAGUCAUUGUUACACUUCCUCUACCUCACUGUUAAUAUUUUAAAAUUUUGUGUUGCUGAUAUGGUGUGCUUGCUGUGUGAAACCUUUCGGAAAUGAUUUGAAUGGCUUGAGAUAUGAUGUGUAGUUUGUCUUUUGUUUGUUGUCUUUUUUCCUGUGAUGUAAACAUUUCAGGGUAUCAUGUAAUAAAUAAUGA